CCUGGUCAGGCGCUGGCUUAGGUCCGGCCAGCAAUAUCUAGGUCGGUUUUCAGCAGUUAUCUUCUAACCUAAGUUCCGUUCCUUACCACCAGUCCGUGUUUUUCCGUCGCGUGAUGGGUCCGGAUGAGCGUCGCGUGGGAAAGCGCGAGGAGGAGGAGGAGGAGCGGCGGGGGGAGGAGGAUCCGUGGGACGAUGAGGAGUCGAGCGACGAGGAGGAGGGGGAGGAUCGGCGCAAGUGGAAGCGGAACAUGCCGCUGCUCUACGACUGGUUCGCCAACCACCACCUCGUCUGGCCGUCCCUCUCGUGCAGGUGGGGUCCGCUCGUGGAGGACCGGAAGCACAAGUACAAGCGACGGCUCUACCUAUCCGAGCAGACGGACGGCACAGUGCCCAACACUCUGGUGGUCUCCAACGCCUAUGUGGUCAAGCCACGUGUCGCCGCCCCAAGAGACAUCUGCCGGUUCAAGUACGACCGGCGGUCGCCCUUUGUGCGCAAGUUCAAGACGAUUGUGCAUCCAGGGGAGGUGAACCGCAUUCGGGAGCUGGUGCAGAACCGCAACAUCGUCUUCACUCACACCGACAGCCCCGACGUGCUCAUGUGGCACGUGGAGCGACACCCCUUCUGCACGCCCUCCUUCAACACGCCCACCUCAACCCCGGACCUGAUCCUGGUGGGCCACACAGACGAUGCAGAGUUCGCCAUGGCAACGAGCCCCGUUGCUCCCCUAGUCAUCAGCGGUGGGAAGGACCAGAACGUGUUGCUGUGGAACGUUGCCGACCAUGUCACAUCGCUGCAGUCUUCUGCUGCCCUCCGCAAGCCCCACCCCUCCUCCAAGGCAAAGGCUAAGCCAACUGCUCCCCCCUCCUUGGCUUCCCGCCGUGCCUCCUCGCCCCCCCCUUCCUCUCGCGCCCGCGCUGACUCCCCUGCUCGUAGCGGGGGGAGGGGGGGGGGAGGGGGCGGGGAUGGGGGAAGUGCAGCAGGGGAGGCAGAGAAGAAACGGAAGCGGGAGGAGGAGGGUGAGGCGAAGAGGGAGGAGAAAAAGGAGGGGGAGAAGGAGGAGGGCGGAGGGGAUGGGAAGGAUGUAGAGGUUAAAGCGGACGAGGGCGAGAAUGGAACGGGGAAGGACGGGGAGGGAAAGGUGAAAGACGGCGGGGAGGAAGAGAAGGAAGGGGAGGGGAAAGAGAAGGGGGAGGAUGAGAAAGUGAAGGAAGGGGCGGAGUCGAGGGAGGUGAAGGGUGAGGAGGAGAAGGUCCCCGAGGAAGAGGGAAAGGCUGCAGAGGAGGAAGAGAAGAAAGAGGAGGGUGACGGGAUGGGCAGUAAGGGGGAAACGUUGAAUGAGGAGGCAGAAACACAAGAAGGGGCUGACUCAAGAGAGGGGACAGAGGCAAAAGAGGGGAUAGAAGCAAAAGCGGAAGUAGAGACAAAAGAGGGGGCAGAGGCGAAGGAGGGGGAAGGGGCUGGAGAUGAACCAAAGGUACAACCCAAGGGGACAGAGGGCGAUGUGGAGAUGACUGAUGCUGGUGCUUCUACAGCUGAUGCUGCCGCUACAGCUGAUGCUGCUGCUUCAGCUGAUGCUGCCGCUACAGCAGACGCUGCCGAUACACCAGAUGCUGCCGCUACAGCUGACGCUGCUGCUACAGCUGAUGCUGGUGGUGCUACAGCUGAUGCCGCUGCUACAGCUGACGCUGCUGCAACAGCUGAUGCUGGUGGUGCUACAGCUCUUGACGCUGCUACAGCUGACGCUGCUGCAUCUGAUGCUGAUGCUGCUAAGGAUGCGGUUGGUACUAAUGGUGUUGCUGAUAACGGGGAUGCUCCUUCUGUAACUGGUGCUAAUACAAAGGAGGAGGCAGUGAAGAAUGAGGAAGGAAAGGGAUUGGAGGAAGGAAAGCAAGGUGAAGCAGGGGAAGAGCAGGAGACAGCGAAGGAGAAGGCAGAGAAGGAGGAGGACGGGGGGAAAGAGGAAGAGGCAGGGAGUGAGGAGGAGGGGAAAGAGGGUGAAGCAGGAAAGAAAGGGGGCGAUGGUGAUGCUGACACUCCUGACCCUGCUGCUGCAGACGCGGACAAACCUGCCGAGGCGGCAAAAGAGAGUGAAGGCAUGGAGGUGGAUACAGCAGGGGGAGUAGAGGGUGGGGGAGGGAAGGAGAAUGAUCAUGCAGGGAAGGAUAACGCACGGGGGGGAGAAGCUGACGGUGGGAGCAAGGAUGACAAGCCGGAGAAGGUGGCCAAGGAAGGUGAGGAGACUGAUAACAAGGACGUCAAGGCAACCAAGGAAGAGAAGAAGACUGACGAGACACCACCAACAGGAAUGGUUAUCGACGACGCAACUGCUGGUGGUGGCGGUGGUGCUGCUGCUAAAGAUGAUGCGGACACAGACGCCCAUACUGCAGGGAAGCCUGCUGCAGCACCCCGGCGCUCCCCCUCCCCCCCAAUCAAGCUGGGAGAAGCCCCCAAGUCCUCCAGCCUGGCGCCCCGCGGGGUGUUCAAGGGGCACACAGCGACCGUGGAGGACGUGUGCUUCCACCCCUCGCACUCGCAGCAGUUCUGCUCCGUGGGCGACGACGGGAAGCUGCUGUUGUGGGACGCCAGGACGGGCGGGGAGAAGGGCCCAUGCCAGCGGGUGGACAAGGCGCACGAUGCUGACGUGCACUGCGUGGACUGGAACACGCGGAACGAGCACCUGGUAGUGACGGGGGGUGCGGAUAAGAGUGUGAGACUGUUUGACGUGCGGAAGCUGGGGGGCGGGCCGUUGGGGAGGGCGGAGGGGGAGGGUGGUGGGGGUGUGGAGGGGAGGGGGAAGGCGAAGGCAGCGCAUGUGUUCCGGGGAGGGCAUAGAGCAGCAGUGCUGUCCGUGCAGUGGUGCCCCGACAGCCCCUCUGUGUUCGCCAGCUGUGCAGAGGACGGCCUCGUCAACAUCUGGGACUGCUCCCUGCUGCACGUGGAGGCAGUCAAGUCGUCUCGGGCUGACGGUGUGCCGCCAGGGUUGCUAUUCCAGCAUGUGGGCCACCAGGACCGAGUGAUAGAAUUUCAGUGGGCACCAAAGGACCCCUGGACGUUUGCAAGUGUGUCAAGCAAUGUGAACAAGAGGAGGGGAGGAGGGACGCUACAGAUGUGGCGGGUUCUGGAUCUUAUUUACCGUCCAGCUAAAGAUGUCGUUAUUGACCUUAACCGUUACGUCUAGUAACCUUCUACUAAACGUAGGAAAUAAUUUCGCUGGUAGGUGUUGAUUUCCAGCUUUUGGCUGGAAGCCCAAGCUAAUUUACUAACGGAUGUGGGUGGGAUGACAAUGUUCCACUUCAGACUCCCUUACCCUGAUACAUGUAUGUAUCUUCGAUAUGUGAGAAGCGUCAGAUAAGAGGGCAA